CUUGGGCUGGAAGAGAUUCAAGUAGCUCUCAACCUUUGAGUUGUCCCAAAUGUGGUGAGAAGUUUUCAGAAUGGAAAGAUGUUGAAUCGCAUCACCUCUCCAACCAUGCUGUCACACAAAUAGUUGAAGGAGACUUGUCAAGAGAAAUAAUAGAAAUGAUCUGCAGAACCAACCUGCAGUCAUCAAUGCACUCCGGCAACAAAGAGGAUAGCAAUGGUAUUCAAAUGGUCUUGAAAGUGCACAACACCCUAAAGACACUAACUCAAUUUGAAGAGUAUCGCGAAGCAGUUAAGACGAAAGCCAACAGACUAGUCAAAAAACACGCACGUUGCCUUGCCGAUGGGAACGAGCUAUUGAGAUUCCAUGGCACAACCGUGGAAUGCCAUUUAGGCAUGGGAGAUUCCUCAGGUUUAUGUGUGUCACAUACAUGUGAUGUUUGCCAAAUUCUGAGACACGGGUUCACGAUCAACAGUGGGGUCGGGGUGUUGACGGUGUCCACGAGCCGAGGGGCACUUGAGGGCGUAAAGGUAAAGGAUGGCGGUGGUGAGAGGAAGGUAGUGAUGGUGUGUAGAGUGAUUGGUGGAAGGGUGCAUAGAGCACUUGACAGUGUUGAAGAGAUUGGGUGUGAACCAUCAUUAGGGUUUGAUUCUCUAGCUGGUAAUAAAGUGGGUGGUUUGAGCUCAGGUGUUGUAGAAGAGCUCAUUGUACUCAGCCCCAAAGCUUUGCUUCCUUGCUUCAUUGUCAUUUAUAAAGCAUAAACAUAAUUUUGUAAUGCACAAGGUAAUGAAGAUAGGCGGAACCUAACCCUUGAAUGGUAUGGUAGGGCACGGGAAAAACAUGUAGACCAAGGAGAAGCAAGUGAAGAACAUACAAAAACAAAAGAGUAGACCUCAUAUGCAGUGGCGGACCCAGAGAUUUGUGAGAGCGGGAGCACACUAGACACUAAAGUUAGUCUAUAACUCUAUAAUAAAAACUCCAAAUGCAAUAAAAAUGGUAAAAAAUGUAUUAAAUUAUGCAGAAUAGUUAAUUACAUAUUAAAAAGUUCACUGCUGCAACUUUGGUAAAUCGAGCAUACGAGUUUUCAUAUUCUGAAAAUGUUGCAUAAUAGUUUCAUUGUCCUAAAAACAUCUCUCUCGAUGUAGCACACCAAGCAAUCCGUAAGAUAGUCGUCUCCCAUCAUAUUGGGAAGAUCUGUCUUGCUAAUAUUCAUCGCUGAGAAGGCUCUUUCAACGGUUGCCGUUGCAACUGGUAACACUAAAGUCAACUCAAUCAGACGAUAUACCAAGUGAAAAGAAUUGUGAACUUUAAGCUCAAUCAUCUUCUUACAAACUUCACCAAUAGUUUUUGUACAGUAGAAAAUAACUCAUUUGUUCUCAUUUCAUAUAUCCACACAUGGAGUUGCUCUUUCAGCUCCAUUCGUUCAAUAAAUGAAAAAUCGCAUGAAUAUAACUCCGCAAGGUUCAGUA